AAUCUUGAUUUGCUUUCAUCCAAAAAGCUUAAUGAGAGGUGGAAAAUGACUGUUGUAUCAUUGAAUCGAGCUCAUAUUAGGAUGGAAAAGAAAGAGAUUACACCCGUCUGUGUUCCAGAACUCCAUUUGAAACUUACAAUAAACGAAAAAACAGGCAAAGAAAACAGUUGUGUUUUUUCUCCCAUAAAAUCUUCCUGAAUUCCCAUUAACAUACACCACCCUAAAAAUAGUGUGCCAUAGUUUAAGACCUUUUCAGAUAUGAAAUCCGUGCCCUCUGCCAACAAAAGCAAUCACCAGUAGCUAGUCCAUGCGGAAGCGAAACAGCUGGGGGUUUCUGUUGGUUUUGUCAAACACUUCACAGAGUGUGCAUUUCUUCUCUGCAUCUCUUGUUCGGCUAAAGUGUUAAACUGUCGUCACUCGUUUUGAUAGUCGAAAGAAAAGAAAGGCUCUCAUCUACUUUCUGCACUGGCUGACAGGUUGCAGAUGCUUGUGGCCUCAGACUAUUCCAAACUGGUCAGUGAGUUCUAAAGCAGUUGACACCCUCACACGCCUGACUCCACAUGCAAUCAUUAGUAAUACUUCAGAAUUCAGAAAUGUUAAUUACGAGAAUCAUCUUCAGUGACUUGUUAAUGUCUGAGACCUGCUUAAUGUGCUGUUACCUUUUAUUCAGUAAGGUGUAGGAUUGAAUCUGAGACCUGCUUAAGUUUCUAUGGGGCUUUGGCAACUGUUCGUUGUUUCACUGAUGCCAGUUGUGAAGGUGCUCCUGAUGACUACAUUAGGUGUAUUUCUUGCAACUGAGCGCAUGGAUAUUUUGGGGACGGAUGCGCGGAAGCAUCUGAAUAGUCUUGUGUAUUAUGUCUUGAAUCCAGCACUUGUUGGUAGCAACUUGGCGAAAUUCAUAACGUUGAAAAGCAUAGUUAUGCUGUGGUUCAUGCCACUCAAUAUUUUUAUCACCUUUAUCGCUGGCUCAGCGCUUGGAUGGCUACUAAUAAAAAUUACAAAAGCUCCUAAUCACCUGCGGGGCCUCAUCGUGGGCUGUUGUGCUGCUGGGAAUCUGGGCAACAUGCCUCUCAUAAUCAUUCCAGCUGCCUGUGAAGAAAAAGACAAUCCAUUUGGCGACGCCAGCAUCUGCAAAAUGCAUGGAUUGGCAUAUGCUACGCUCUCUUUGGCAAUUGGAUCCAUCUUGUUGUGGUCAUAUGUGUACAAUAUUGUGCGAAUAUAUUCAAGUACAGAUUCUGAUGAAACCAAACCGGAUGCCUUGCCAGAGGGUCUAGAAUCUGCCGUAGAAAUAACACCAGGGCCCAUGCUUUUCUUAAAAGAGCCCUCAAUCGAUGAGGGUAUGGAGAACUUUGAGCUUGAUCGUGCAGUGUCGAACGGGAAGGCGAAGGUACCAUUUCCAGAAAACAUUAAGCGAGGAUUUCAGAAGGUUCUGAAGAAACUCAACCUGAAGAGAUUGCUUUCACCUUCAAUUAAUGGAGCGAUUGUUGGAUUUAUAGCCGGUACUAUCCCUCCUUUCCGAAAAUUGUUGAUCGGUGACAGUGCUCCUCUUCGUGUGGUUGAAGACUCUGCAUACUUUGUCGGGGAGUCAGCCAUUACAAUCACCACUUUGAUUGUAGGAGCAAAUCUUCUGAAGGGCUUCAGGGGGUCAAAGGUGCCGAUCUCAGUGAUUAUUGGUAUCACGGCAGUCCGUUAUAUAAUCUUGCCGAUAUUGGGAGUUGUUAUCAUUAAAUGUGCAGUCCAUUUGGGGGCAGUGAACUCAGAUCCUCUGUACAAGUUUGUUCUGCUGCUUCAAUUUGCACUGCCUCCAGCAAUAAACAUAGGCACAAUGACCCAGUUGUUUGGAGCUGGCGAAGCCGAAUACUCGGUCAUCAUGCUAUGGACCUAUGCCUUGGCCUCUGUUUCGGUGAUGCUCUGGUCAGCAUUCUUCAUGUGGCUCGUCAAAUAACUAUCGCUUGCCUCUUGGAUCGCUUCCAACAUACUCAAUCUAGGCAAUGCCAUUUUAUCCUUCGCAUAGAUAUUUCAUUAGUCUUGGCCAAUACGAACGUAAAUGAAGAAAUUAUGAAAGGCA